CCACUUUGCCUUAUCAGUUUGAUACUCAAGACCCUCUGCUGCCUGGCUUUGCAAGUGAAUCACCUCCACAUGUUGUAAUCAGAGUGCUCACCACUCCUGUUACAUGUCUGUUGCUCCCCUACCGUUUUAUGCGUUUUUUUCUGUCAGUCUCUUGUGCUUAGAAGGUUCUCCUUCUGUCUCUGAAUCUUGAAAUCCCUCAGGGCUGCCUUUUCUAUGGCAUUUUACUCAUUCUAACCCUUAAAUGAUGCCAAAAAUAGGGCUCAAAACCCAUGUGCCCUUGAAAGGCAGUUGCUGUGGGCAGAGACCAUGUCUUUACCCUGUAUCUUCACAGCUUCAAGGAGCUUGCACUUAGGGCCUCAGCAGACAUGUCUUAGAUGAGUAGAUCGAUGCCAGCGGUCCAGGGGAUAGUUGUAAUAAACAUGGAAAUUUAUCACAGCAACCUCAAAACCUUGGGGGUUGUAGCUUAGACAUUUCUAAAUUCCCCUUAAAACACUAUUAUCCAGGAUUUGUUUAUGUCUAUGUGUGUUUACAGUCAUUAUUAUUGAUUCUUGCUAACUAGUGGAUAAAAUGACAUCUCAGUGAUUUGAGGUAGUUACUUGAAACAAGUUUGUUUUCCCCCUUCCCAGACACAUCAUCUCAGAAUUGGAGCACCUGGACUUUGUGAACACGGAUGUUGGCCGCUGCCGGGCAUGGCUCCGACUGCCCUCGAUGACGGACUGAUGGAGUGCUACCUGAAGCUGCUCCUCCAGGAGCAGGCCCGGCUGUGUGAGUACUAUCAGCCCACAGCCCUGCUUCGAGAUGCCGAGGAGGGCGAGUUUCUCCUUAGCUUCCUGCAGGGACUAACGUCUUUGUCCUUUGAACUCUCCUACAAGUCUGCCAUCUUAAACGAGUGGACACUCACCCCACUGGCUCUCUCCGGGCUUUGCCCACUCUCUGAGCUAGACCCUCUCACUACCUCUGGUGCAGAACUACAGCGGAAGGAGUCCCUGGAUUCAAUUUCCCAUUCCUCGGGCUCAGAGGACAUCGAAGUCCAGCACUCAGGCCAUAAAAUCCGGCGGAACAGGAAGCUCACUGCCUCCUCCCUCAGCCUGGACACAGCCAGUUCGUCCCAGUUGUCCUGCAGCCUGAACUCCGAUAGCGGCCUUCACCAAGAAAAUGGCUCCAAGAGUCCAGACUGUUCUGAGGAGCCCAUGUCCUAUGAGUCAGACCUGGGGACAGCAAAUGCUGAUGAUUCAGACCGCUCUCUGCAAGAGGUGUUGUCGGAAUUCAGCAAAGCCCAGGUAAACUCUGUGCCAACCAACGGACUGAGCCAAGAAACUGAGACUUCCACACUCCAGUCCUCGCUUUCGUGCCGUGGCCUUGACACCAGUGCAUACCUGCAUCUUGAUGUGCCUGCAGAGCCCCUCCCUGCCCAGGCAUCCUCCCGGACUCCAGAUGGUGACCACAAGCAGGAGCCACUUUUUCAGAUGCCUGGCACCCUGGACUUGCUGCAGCUGAGUGCUGCCCAAACUGCCCCUUCAGGGGACACUUCAGCCCAGAAGCCUUCUGGUCCUGUGAGAGAGAAGACCAGGGCAGUCCGCCAAGGAAGUGGCCCAGAGAAGCCACUAGAGGGUGACAGAGUUGGACUGAACCUUGUGGUUUCCUCACCCACCAGUCCGAAAAGCAAGAGCUGGAUCUCAGAAGAUGAUUUCUACCGGCCUCCCCAAGAGCGACCCCCAGAGAGUCUUUCAGAUCACUCCAUAUCUUCAGCCAAAUGGACUCCAGAGUCAAGGCCUGGUCUCCACAGGCAUUUUUCUCUAGGGCCAAGAAAAAGCCACUCCAUGGGGGCCUUAGACAGAGCUUGUGUGCCUUCCCCAGGAAGCAGGAAAACCAAGGCAGCCCCCAUGCAGGAGCAUAAGAACUUCUGCGUGGUGCACCGGAGGCAGAUGGGGCUGUCCAACCCAUUCCGGGGCCUCAUGAAGCUGGGCACGUUGGAACGGCGGGGUGCCAUGGGCAUCUGGAAAGAACUCUUCUGCGAGCUUUCCCCACUGGAGUUCCGCCUCUACCUGAGCAAUGAGGAACGCACCUGUGUGGAGAACUGCUCCCUGCUGCGCUGUGAGUCUGUGGGGCCAGCCCACAGCGAUGGGCGCUUUGAUCUGGUCUUCUCUGGCAAGAAGCUGACCCUGCGUGCCUCGUCGCAGGACGAAGCUGAAGACUGGCUGGACCGGGUGCAGGAGGCCCUGCAUAAGUGCCGGCCUCAGCAGGAGGAUGAGUGGGUGAAUAUCCAGUACCCAGACCAGCCGGAGGACCUCCCGGAGGCCCCCCAGGGGGGCCUCCCCUCCCACUCAGACCCACUCUCAGAGCCUGAAACCUUUCGGGGCACACAGUUUGAUUGGUCAUCUGCCCAAGUCCCGGAGCCAGACGCUGUAAAAGAAUCCAUCCUGUACCUGUACUCGGACAGGACCUGGGCGCCCUAUAUUUUCUCCCUGUCCUUGGUGUCUCUGAAAUGCUUCCGCGUGAGAAACAACGAGAAGAUGUUAAGUGACAGCCACGGAGUUGAGACCAUCCGAGACAUCCUGCCAGACACGAGCCUCGGGGGCCCAUCCUGCUUCAAAAUCAUCACAGCCAAGGCUGUCCUGAAGCUGCAGGCCAGGAAUGCCGAGGAGGCUGCCCUGUGGAGGGAGCUCGUACGCGAGGUCUUGGCAUCCUACCUGGAGACGGCUGAGGAGGCAGUGACACUCGGUGGGAGUCUGGAUGAAAACUGUCAGGAGGUGCUGAAGUUCGCCACAAGGGAGAACGGCUUCCUGCUGCAGUACCUGGUGGCCAUCCCCACAGAGAAAGGCCUCGACUCCCAGGGCUGCUUCUGCGCAGGACUGGGGGCUGGGGGUACAGUUCUGAUUGGUGCCUCCUAUCCCUCCCCUGGUAGCCUGUACCGCAGAAUGCCCAGUGAACAGCCAUUCUUUCCCACUCCUGAUACCUGGUGGUGUCCACAGAUCUGCCGGCAGGCCCUGAAGUUCCUGACACAGAUCCAGGCCCAGCCCUUCAUCAACUUGCAGCUGGUGAAUGCAUCGCUGUAUGAGCACGUGGAACGGAUGUGCCUCAUCGGGAGGAGCCGAGAGCAGCUGAAGCUUCUGGGAGAUUACCUGAGCCUGUGCCGAAGCGGGGCCCUGAAGGAGCUAAGCAAGAGGCUCGACCACAGGAAUUAUUUGUUAGAGUUCCCCCACAAGUACAGCGUCGCUGACCUCCAACAGAUUGCAGAGGGCGUGUACGAAGGAUUCCUCAAGGACCUGAUUGAGUUCGCCUCCCAGCACGUCUACCACUGUGAUCUGUGCACUCAGCGUGGCUUCAUUUGCCAGAUCUGCCACCAUCAUGACAUCAUCUUCCCUUUUGAGUUUGACACCACGGUCAGGUGUGCUGAGUGCAAGACAGUCUUCCAUCAGAGCUGCCAGGCUGUGGUGAAGAAGGGCUGCCCCCGCUGUGCCCGCCGGCGCAAGUACCGAGAACAGAACGCUCUCAUCUAA